AGAGAGAGAGAGAGACAACAGGCACACAGAGGACACGGCAGGCUAUGAUCACAUGCUCCUAUCUUUCCCCCUCCCUCCCUGCAUCUCUCUCUCUCUACGGCGUGCUGUUUUGUUUAGCCAGCCAGACAGCUAUCCACAGGCACACUGAAUACACACAGCAAUAGUCACACAGCUGACAACGCCAGAGCAAGGGAGAGAGGGAGAGCGGACACGCUGGCUCUACACUGUCCAACAGCAUGACCAGAGUGAGGGCUCAGCAGUGAGCUACACCAGUCCCACUGAAACAGUCGAGGAGUCACUGAAGAAGCUAAGAGAGACUGAGUCUCUGGCAGGGAGAGCUCGCGACUAGGCCUGGCGUGUGAGCAGGUGUUGACCUCCGACCUCCGAGUGUGGAGGUGUGCCAUGCGUUCUCCCGCCCGGGGGGCCUGAACCCGUCUCAGCUGUGAGGAGUCGCCCAAAGGGACCAUGGGAUCAUCCACGCUGGGGAAAGCAGUCCCCCUCAACACGCUACUGGACGCCUGCAUCCAGGCUUUUGAUGACAAUGGGGAGCUGCAGUCCAAUCAGCUUCCUCGUACUGUGCUUCUGAUGCACCGCUGGUAUGUCACGUCCACAGAGUUGGCCGGGAAGCUGCUCAUUAUGUAUCGUGACUGCCAAGGGGAUGACUGCCAAAGAACCAGACUGAAGAUCUGCUAUCUAAUGAGGUACUGGAUAGUGACGUUCCCUGCUGAGUUUAACCUGGACCUGGGCCUGAUUCGGCUUACGGAGGAGUUCAGAGAUGUGGCCGCACAGCUGGGCUGUGAGGAGCACUUUAAACUAAUUGACAUCUCGACCAUCCCAUCAUACGACUGGAUGAGGAAGCUGACCCAGAGGAAGAAGCAGGCCAAGAAAGGAAAGGCCUCGCUGCUGUUUGACCACCUGGAGCCCGAGGAGCUGGCGGAACACCUCACCUUCCUAGAGUACAAGUCGAUCAGAAGGAUAUCAUUCACAGACUACCAGAGCUAUGUGAUCCACGGGUGCCUGGUGGACAACCCGACCCUGGAGCGCUCCAUCGCCCUGUUCAACGGCGUGUCCCAGUGGGUCCAGCUCAUGGUGCUGAGCAGGCUGACCCCUCAACACCGCGCUGAGGUCAUCACCAAGUACAUCAACGUAGCCCAGAAACUCCUCCAGCUGCAGAACUUCAACACAUUGAUGGCGGUUGUUGGAGGGUUGAGUCACAGCUCUAUUUCUCGUCUGAAGGAGACCCAUUCACACCUAGCCCCUGAUGUCACCAAGAUCUGGAACGAGAUGACGGAGCUGGUCUCCUCUAAUGGGAACUACUGUGCCUACCGCAAGGCCUUCACCGACAGUGAGGGCUUUAAGAUCCCAAUCCUGGGGGUCCACCUGAAGGACCUGAUCGCCGUGCACGUGGUCUUCGCCGACUGGGUGGACGACACCAAGGUCAACAUUGUGAAGAUGCAGCAACUGUACCUCACCUUUAACGAGCUGGUGUCCCUUCAGAGUGCCGUGGCACAAGUGGAGCCCAACAUGGACCUCAUCUACUUGCUCACGCUCUCUUUAGAUCUUUACUACACAGAAGAUGAGAUUUAUGAGCUAUCGUUGCUCAGGGAGCCACGAAAUCCAAAAUCAUUGCCUACCUCUCCUACGACGCCCAACAAGCCCCUGGCCCCACUGGACUGGGCGUCAGGGGUGCCCACCAAGCCAGACCCCUCGCUGGUGAACAAACACAUCAGGAAGGUGGUGGACUCUGUAUUCAGGAACUAUGACCAUGACCAUGACGGCUACAUCUCCCAAGAGGACUUUGAGAGUAUUGCUGCAAACUUUCCAUUUUUGGAUUCCUUCUGUGUUUUGGACAAAGACCAGGACGGUCUGAUCAGUAAGGAUGAGAUGAUGGCAUAUUUCUUGAGGGCCAACCCCCUGCUCCAGUGUAAGAUGGGGCCUGGCUUCAUUCACAACUUCCAGGAAAUGACAUACCUGAAGCCAACCUUCUGCGAACAUUGUGCAGGAUUUCUCUGGGGAAUCAUUAAGCAGGGAUACAAGUGUAAAGACUGUGGGGUGAACUGCCAUAAACAGUGCAGGGAGUUGUUGGUUCUGGCCUGCAGGAAGCUGCUUCGCUCCACGUCUCUGGGAAGUGUCUCCCCUGGAGGACUGACUCACAGUUCUCUGCCCAGCAGCCCCGCACUGCCCACCUGCAAAGAUGAAGACGAGGUGUUUGAGUUUCCCACAGUGGCCCCGGUGGGUCCUGACCUGGAGGGCAAGUCCAUCACCCUCAUGACGGGAUCAGCCCAGCGGAUCUCUGUCCGUCUCCAGAGGGCCACCACCAGCCAGGCCACACAAACAGAGCCCCUGUGGCCAGAGCAUGCCUGGGGGGCCGGGGAUGGGGGGUCGCACACCUUCCCCAAGAUGAGGUACCGGCCCCAUAGGAAGGCCUCCAAGAACAAGGGCUUUGCCCGCUGGGAGAAUGAGUCUCAGGUACCUGCACGGGGCAGGAGGGAUUCCCAGGAGCAGACGGAUGGCCCUGCUGAGGUGGUGCACAAUGGAAUAACGGCACACAGGGAGAAGGACAGCUGACUUGGCCACAGUGAGGGCUGGACCAGGGGCCCCCGGAGGCCCCCGCGAGCCCGCCCCAGGAAGUUCUCCUCUCUCGGGGAGGUACUUGGCUGCCUGAAGCCCCCGUUUGGUGACCCAGAGUAGCCCUGCCCACCCUGGAGCACUCUCGGCACGCCCAGGACCCUCGUUCUGUUCUUGCCAGGAGACAGAUCUCGAAUGAAGACAUAGAAGAUUCACAGGGACUGUAGGGGCUGAGAGGGAGUGAGAGGAUUUGGUUGGUGGAACUGAGGAAAUCCUGGCCUGAUUGGUGUAAAACACUCCAGGAUGUCCCCCAGCAUCACACUCUGCCUUCACUCGCCUCGAGUGUCAUUGGCAAAGGAUCAUGGACAUCCAGGAAGUGCUUUAGGGUUAUUCAGGCUCAACCGCAUAUCAGCGUUGGACUGAGUGAACAGAAAUUAUCGGGUUUUGACUGUGCCUGUGUGAGUGAGCACAUAGUACAUAUUGCUAUUUAAUGCGUGAAUGGGAAAUAACUUUAUUGUGUUUUAAGAAGAAAUGUUAAGGGCAACUACAAUUUGUCAGGCGGUGUCACUAAAAUAUCAGUUAGUAAACAUUCAGUAAACAUUGGGAAGAGUAUAUAUUGAACGUGGUAUGAUGGAAAGUGUGGAAAAUUAGUGUAAAGGGUGAAUGCAUGGUAAAAUGUGAAUUGUAUGGAACGGUGCAAACCUGUGGAAAGUGUGGGAUAACAUGAAUGUGAAUGAGAGUGAAAACAAGGGUAUGUUUCUGAGGGUUCUUUCAUUUAAAGUGGACACAAAGCCUAACUCAACAACUGAUCGUUCAUUAUGUGCCAGUUCCAUGUCUCAGUCUGGAAUCUGAGAAGAAAAAGGUACUUCAAGAGUUAGCUAACAAUGCAAAAGGAAAACACACUGUCCAUUUAGGAAUUGUAUACAGAUAGUAGUCAGGGCUUUUUAGUUUCUAUAUAAUUUCAAAGGGACUUCAACUCAGAGGACUGCCAUUUUAAUGAGUCCCGGCCAAAGACAAACCAAGGAGCUAUACCGAGACAUUUCUUGUAUUUGUUCCUCUUUAACGUUCGGUCAAUUCACUAUUGGUUCCCACUGAUCAAACAUUGUAGACUUAUUCUGCUCAGCAUGUUCUAUUUUAGAAUUACAAGGUCUCUGAAAUAUAAUCCUCAAACUUAUACUUUUUCAACCAUUACUAUCUAAAUGUGUGUCUGUGUCAAACAUGUUCAUCCUCCUAUCCCCAUUGAGUAACUAGCCACGACCCAUAACCUUUUUAAACUGUUGAUGGAUCAAGUCUACUGGCUGAAGGCCGAGGUAGUGGAAUGAAAUACCCACUAAGUCCCCCCACCUGAUUGCCCACAGGCAGCACCAGGUGUAUGACCAGGUGACUUGUUGCACAGUGGUUGCCAGGCAUCCGUAGAGCAGGCCAGUCCCUCCUUAGUCACCAAGGAUACAGUAGAUUACAUAAAGUGAUGCAUGCACAAAUUAGUGUGCGAGUGUGUCUUGUUUUGUGUUUGUGUGUCUGUGUGCGUGCACAUGUGUGGGAGGGGUCCUUUCAUGUAGAAAGUACAAGAACCACCUGCCCCUCCUCCACUACUGCAGCCCCCCCCUCUCCCCCCCCCCCCCCCCCCUUAGGGUAGGAGGGAAGAGCAGGUAUCGGCAGGUGAGUUUGACAUGGAGAUCUCUGAAGAGACAAAACAGGCUGGCCUUCUGAUUGGAUUGGUGCUGUCAACCACAAGCACCAUUUGUGGUUGAGAGAGGGGAGACAGCUGAUAUUCUGUUAGAAACACAAUUUAUAGGAGGAUUGAUUGUAAGGACACGACUGGGAUUCAAGGGGGUGACAACGGUUCACACAAAUGUAUAGUUUAUAGAUUCAUUAACGUAUGGUCUAUCUAAAUAGAAAUACCAAACUAUUACAAAUGUGUUGCCAUCAUUUUAGUACAGACACAAAACCAAACUCACAUAGGUAUGGCUAGCUUAUUGACUUAAACUUAAGUUAGGAUGUACUUUGAGCAUGCAUUUCAGUAAUAACACUAAUGAAUCUCAACCUGUAAAAAUUCUGGUGACUUUUUGUCUCCAUCACGUAGACACCGAAUGAUACUUGAUCUCAUUAUGACUUUUCUUGAUGGUUUUUCUCAAACAUCUCUGAGAUAUCAUGCUAUGAGGGACAUUAUGAUAAUUACAGUCAUCCUUACUACUACUGUGCAUAAAACUGUUUUGUAUUCACAUUUCAACAAUUGUUUGUAUUUUUUAUUAAACUGUUAUUGACUGUAAGAGUGACACUAUGAUCAUCUUACUAUUAUCAUGAACUGGUCUACUUGAGAGAGAAAAAAGUGUUAUCCCACUUGAUUGUAUAUUUAUAAUAUAUUUUACAUUAUUAUUGUCUAUACUGUUUGUAUCUAUUGUUGAUGGAGAGCCUUCUGUAGCAUUGCAAUUUGGUCAUUGUUAUUUUAUUUCCAUGUACUUAUUUUGUUUUAUUUUCUAAAUGCAAACUAGAUGUUUGAUAGAAUAGAAUAGUUUUAUCAGUUUAACCUGCCACCAAUACAGAUAUACUUCUUCAGGAAAAAGUGAAGCCAUGGAGUGGUUAAAAUCUUACCACUCCACCCCUAAAUAUUGUACAUUUUACAGAUCAAUGCAGGUUAUUUUACACCCAUUCGAACCUUACUUGAUAAAUGUAUACAUAUUCUAUGUACAUUGACCCAUAAACUCCCAUUUAUUAAAUCAAAGGACAGGAUUCUCUGGUCUCUUUGAUGCGUCUCUAUUUUUGCUUUUAUUUUGGUAUCUUUAUUUAUGUUUAGGGAUUUUUGGGAGUUAUGGUAUUUAAAAAUAUAUUAUGUAUUUUUCUAAAAAGAAAAAAAAUAAGAAAAUUAUAACUUAAAACUAAAUAAUAACGUUUCUCAUUAAUCAUACUAACCAACUGGUUGUACUCUUUCAACAUCUGUAGGGUCUUGAUUGUACUUCUAAAUGCUGA